AUGUUCGCCGCCGCCGCCACUGCCUCCCUUCACUGGCGACCCGGCAGCGGCAGCAGCAGCGGCGGCGGCUCCCUCCGCAGCGGCGGCGGCGCCCCCUCCCCUUCUCGGCACGGCCCCCUCCCCUCACACAGAGGCACCUCGAGGAGCGGCGGGCGGGGCGGUGUAGGCGCUGCUGCCGCCGCCUCCUCAGGAGCACCCGGCAAGGGGCCGCAGGAGAGAAGCCCUCGAGCUUUCGUCGGUGCUGGUGCUGCCGCCACUGCCGCCGCCGCCGGGAAUCACACGGGCUCCUCCGUCCCAGGCUGCAGCUCUUGUUGCCAUGAUGAUGAUGUCACGGACGCAACCACUGGGGGGAGGGGAGAGGGGGGUGUGUGUGGCGAAGGGAGGCUGCGAGUAGUGCGGGGGAGGGGGCUCGGCGGGAAAAGGAGCGAGAGGGCGGGCGCCCGGGCGGGACACGGAGGGCGGGGGCCGAGAAGGUGCUUUCUCCCCCACCCCGGGCACGCGGCGAGGGAGGCGGCCGACGGCUGGCAGGGCCCGCGCGGGAUCGAUGACUCGGCUGGCGGGCACGGUCACCUGGGUGAGGGGCAGCGGAAGGGGCGGCGGAGCACCGAUCUCAUGGAUGGGCUCCGAGGGGCUUGCGGGAGGGGGGGGGCCAGUGUUCGGGGCCGUUUUGGCGGCUAUGCAGGAUUGGCAGGAGCUGCGGUGCUCACACUUGCCUCGCCGACCGCCAUUUCACAUCCAGCAGAGGAGGCGGGGGCAGCCGCUGAGACGGUUUUUCACAAGGUGCAUUUUAAUGGUUACCAGGUUGCCACGUAUUUGAAGUGGUGUGAGAGCUACUCGUUUGGAACGGUUGUGGAUUUUCAAAUAGGAAAAUCAAAAGGCCCAAAGAGACAGCUCACUGGGUCUCACGAUGUUGCCCAGGCUGGUCUUGAACUGCUAGGCUCCUCCCAACUCAACCUGCCAACUAGUUGGGACUACGUGGUACAAAUGUGUCCUCUACCAGAGUGACUUCAGUAAAUGUGGAGUUAGUUGGAAAGGAUGCUGACAAUCAGAAGCUGGCUUCAGUAUAUGACCUAGUUUCCAGCAAUCAGAUGUACCCAUUCAGGACAUGGAUGUGAGAGCAAGCAACAUGAUGCUUCAACUGCACUCAGGGAGAUAAGUAUCUUCUGACAAAUACCAUGAAGGAGGUAUCUGGUUCCUCUGGGUAGGUAGGGAGGAGUUGUGGCAUCUGUUCUAGAGUCAUAGGUGCUGACUGGCAGGCAGUGCUGGGAUGGGUUUCCACUAGAAUAGCUUUGUGAUGUGGGAUGGGUGUUCUUUGUGGUUUGGUUUUUCUUGGAUGUUGUUUCUAGCUUGGUUUAUCCAAGUCUGGUUCUCUGGCCCUCUGAGAGAUCUGUGAACUAAAUAGUAUCUUUUAAUCCCUUUUUGCUUCAACCAGCCCAGUCACAGCCAGCUACAUAAUUUGUGGAGCCCAGAGCAAAAUGAAAACUUUUGAGUCUAGUUCAUCUGAUAAGGGAUCAAAAAAUACAACUUGUAUGUGAACUUGUGCAAAUGUGUGAAACAAGGUGACAGGGCAGAAGCAAGAAAAUGAAGCUGAAAUGAAAUCCACCUCUCAAAGCAGACAUGAGACUCUACCACCCCAGAACCCAUCUGAGAGGAAUUUAAAUCUCAGGAAAGUAGCAGCUUUCUUCAAGUUUCUGAGUAACUGAACCUUGUAGAUAACAACAGAUUGGAAGAUAGAAUCAGUUAAUCCCUGAACUCAAGGAACCCUUGGCCCAUAGCCCAGACAAUACAGCAUGCUGAAAAUUGGUCUGGUCCCAGCCUCACGUAAACCUGUUUCUCGUCUCCUGAGAAGAAUGCAGCUUUUGACCACUGCCCAGUGUGAGAGCGCGGCCUCACUGUUACACCUCAAUGAAGGCAAGAACAAGUGGUUUGCAGUGGAGGGCAUCGCCUGGAAGGUGGCAAAGGCCAGGCAGGUACCUGCGGCCCAGCUGCUGCUCGACGAUGAGGCUGGCAGCCAAGUCUAGCACCAGCCUUUUCAAAAGCAGCCCUUUUGAUAACACUGAUUACAUUUCCCUCACCGGAGCCUUGGGCUAAUUGAGCAACAGCCAACUUCUCUGGGUAACAAAGAGGAGGGGAAAGUAAUCCAAACACAGGUUUUAUUAUAAAAACCAGGGAGUGAGAGAAGUAUGUUUAUUCUGUAAGAUAACACACCUGCUCGGUGCCUGGGAGGCUCAUUUCCAUCAGUUGCCAUGGCAAACUCGUUAUACUUCAAGGCCAUGUGGCUUUGUUUCCUUUUGGGAUCUGGUCCUUGUCCUACCUUUUCUAACAACUCCAACACAAUGACAUGGAAGCCUGCGACAGCAUAAUUGAUUUCUCCUUCCCUCUAUCAACGGUUCACAUUUGUUCAGCACAGGACUGAGUCUGCCUUCUCCUUUGAACUCCUUGCUAAGCAUGAAGGCAUGCUUCAGAGAGCCACCCUCAUUAACAUUCCAGGUCCCUCUUCCCUGUCAGCAAUAAACAAGCCCUGCAUCAAUGGCCUCCUGCCUUCCACUUUUACAAAUGAGUGGCUCAGUUCCAUGUUUUGCUGCUGAUCCAGGUGCCCAGGCGCAUACAACGCGAGGCUAAGAAGCACGCGGGAGGGACUAAAAAUAGAACAGCAGUUUUGGAUGCAUACCAGAGCAGCUACUUCAUCUCAACUUGCUUUGCACACUAAGCCUAAUGGGAUCCAUCAGGCAUGAGUUCUCUCGCGCACUAGCUCCCUCCCUCUCCCCUCUCUCCCCAGCUGCCGAUUUCCAUCAGCGCCUUCCUGGUGAAGGGAGCAAAGGGAGGUCAGGCAAGGGACAAGAAAUGUGUGCCCUUAUGGUUUUCGUUUACAAGCCCUGGGAGAUCUGGGGGCUGCAGUUACUCCUUCCAUAAGAGAGUUUCUAGAAAAAAAGCAGGCAGGCCCAGAACAUGGUCACCUCUGCCCAGGUACACUUUGGUCCAAGACUUUCAUUGUUUAGCAAAGCCUCAAAUAUCACUUCCUAAUCACCCAAUACCUAUAACCUGGACCCAUGCUCCUAUAUUCUUUGAAAAGUUAAGUAGAAAACUAAAGUACACUGAGUGUUCCUCUUACAGAUCCCACCUGCUUGCUUGAGGCUAAGAAUUUGGGAGCAAAUGCACAGUGAGUUGGCAACACAUGACUGCCAGGGUCUGCAAAAGCCACCCACCUGCCACCAAGUACCCUAUCCAAAAGUGAUCCUAUCCUAAAGCAUUUUCCAAUAGAAAAUGGAAGAAGUCAUAUGCAGUUAGGAACAUGCUAUCCUGCCUGGGCACAAUACCUCCCAGCAUGCCAGCCGUGUUGACUGAGCGAGGCUCCUUUGUGUGCUAAAGUGCCUCGUGCAGCCUCCCUCAAAAGGCCAGCCAGCAUGACCAUACGUUUCUCAUGUCUACAUCCAAAAGGUAAUGCGGAUGUUCCAAACAGCUAAGUAUUAUUCCAAGAAGUGCCAUUUUUGUGGAAUCAGAAUUGUGAUAGGAAGGGCUGGACACAGUGGCUCAUACCCGUAAUCCCAGCACUUCAGGAGGCUGAGGCGGGCAGAUCACUUGAGGUCAGGAGUUAGGAGUUCGAGACCAGCCUGGCCAAUGUGGUGAAAUGCAGUCUAUACUAAAAAUGCAAAAAUUAGCCGGGCUUGUGGUGGGUGCCUGUAGUCCCAGCUCCUAGGAAGGCUGAGGCAGGAGAAUCGUUUGAACAUGGGAGGCAGAGGCUGCAGUGAGCUGAGAUCAUGGCACUAUUGUACUCCAGCCUGGGCGAUAGGGUGAGACUGUCUCAAAAAAAAAAAAAAAAAAAAAGAAUGGUGACAGGAAGAUGAAUAUCACAGUAUUUAAAAAUCUUUUUCAUUGUUGAUGUUUUGGAGAUUGGCCAGAUACAACUAAAAGAAACUGAUCUGGGCCAGGUGAGGUGGCUCACGCCUGCAAUCCUAGUACUUUGGGAAACCAAGGUGGGAGGAUUGUUUGAGCUAGGGGGUCAAGACAAGCCUGGGUUGAACAUAAUGAGACCCGGUCUCUACAAAAAAAAUUUUUUUUUUUUUUUUUGAGACGAAGUCCUGCUCUGUUGCCCAGGCUGGAGUGCAGUAGUGCGAUCUCUGCUCACUGCAACCUCCACCUGCCUGGUUCAAGCAAUUCCCCUGCCUCAGCCUCCCAAGUAGCUGGGAUUACAGGCAUGUGCCACCAUGCCCAGAUAAUUUUUUUUGUAUUUUUAGUAGAGACGGGAUUUCACUGAUCUCAAACUCCUGACCUCAGGCAACCUGCCCACCCUGGCCUCCCAAAGUGCUGGGAUUACAGGUGUGAGCCACUGUGCCCAGCCAAAAUUUUUAAAAAAUAAACUGGGCAUGGUGGCAUGCACCUUUGGUCCUAGCUACUCAGGAGGCUGAGGUGGGGGGAUCACUUGAGCCCGGGAGGUUGAGGCUUCAGUAAGCCGUGAUCAUGCCACUGCACUCCAGCCUGGGUGGCAGAGCAAGACCAUGUCUCUAAAUAAAUAAAUAAAUAAGUUGAUCUGACUAAUAGCAGAUUUUGUCUGUAAGUGUCAGGCAAGUGUCAAGACCUUUUACAUUGUGCUUCAGUUUCAUAUAAUAGCAGUAUAAGAUAAAUAUGCCAAGCCACUUCAAGAAAAGUCAUACUUCAUAUAAUCACAGCAAUAAUCAAUUCCCCAAAGAAUUUCUAACGGAACAAGUUGCAACAUGAUCAUCUAAUCCUCCAGUCACUAGAGGAUGGAGGUACUUCUUCCCUCAGGGAGAGGGAAGUAUCUCUUCAGGGAGACACCAGGUCAUUUGUUGAACACAUCUACUGUGAAAAACCAGAAAGCUUUCUAGAUUCAUCAAAUAAAUGUCUGCAGUCUGGAAAUCAGAACAUCUGGGUUCUAGUCCUAGGAUGACCUUAGACAAGCCACGGCUGCUCUGCGCCCUGCUUUCCUUGUGUAUAAAACAAAGCUGCAGGGAUAUAUGAUUUCUAGGGUCUCUUUCUAGACUGAAAGUUCCAUAACAGAAAUAAAUGAUCUGAGAAUUUAAUUGAUUUUCGUGCUUUCUUUCUUCCUUUUUUCCCCCCCUUUGGUUGUUGUUGUUUAUUUGGUUAGUAGGCUAAAAUAGAACUAUUUUUCUUGGAAAAUAGUGCAUAAUUCUCUGGGAUGAGAGGCAUUUCUUCUCUGUGGUAUUUUCCCACAGUGUAACUUUCCUUCUCUUUUCAUUUGCCACUAGGAGGUGGGUCUCACUGAUUCUUCCUGGUUCAUUAAGAAGAAACAGAAAGAUCCUGUGUUUUCAGAGACUUUCUGGAUCAUUUCCCAUGAUCAUAGGGCUUUGCAAUCCAUUUGGCAAAGGUGGUGGUGACAAUGGGGUGUUUGGCAAAGUGGAUGAGGUAGUUGACGAAGCAGCUGGGGUAAAGAAAAAUGCUCUUGGCAAAACAUCAUGAAACUAGGCUGGAAUGUUCAAAAUGGAGAACUUGCAUCCCUUGCUGAGAUGACUCUGAUAAAAAUUCUGUCUUUAAAGAGGUGAUUUAUUUAACAGGAAACAAAGAAAAACGUAUCAACAGCAAUAAUUUUUCUGAGCACUGAGCUGAGAAAUAGCUAGUCUAAUACUUUGAUUGUAGCCAUGUACUGAGACCUCUUUGAACAAUCUAGAAGUUAAAAUAGAUUUGAAACCAGUCACUAAAAUUUAAAACUACAUUUAAAAUUCCAAAUUAGUCAUCAAAUAUUAGAUAAGAACCUAACCUUGCAUUCCACAAACCCACCCCUCAAAUCGGUGUAAGUAAGUCUGAAUAAAGCCUUGGGGCUAAGAGGUUAUUUUUACUAAGUCAGCCCUACCCCACUUCCACCCCAAAAAUAUCUAAAGAUGAAUGCCUGAGGACCAGCAUAACAUCUAAAUCAACUGAGUGUUAAUCUUAUUGUCAGUGCUCUCAAAUAGUUGUUACAAUUCCUUUGAUGGGCCGGGCGUGGUGGCUCAUGCCUGUAAUCCCAGCACUUUGGGAGGCCGAGGCGGAUGGAUCACGAGGUCAGGAGAUCAAGACCAUCCUGGCUAACACGGUGAAACCCCGUCUCUACUAAAAAUACAAAAAAUUAGCCGGGCAUGGUGGCAGGUGCCUGUAGUCACAGCUACUCGAGAGGCUGAGGCAGGAGAAUCACUUGAACCCGGGAGGUGGAGGUUGCAGUGAGCUGUGAUUGCACCACUGCACUCUAGCCUGGGUGACAGAGCGAGACUACGUCUCAAAAAAAAAAAAAAAAAUGCUUUGAUGUUGGUGGUCAUCAGAUCUCAUAGAAAUUUCAGGGGCCAAGCUUUCGUCACUUGGCCAAGUGCGUGUGUGUGUGUAUGUGUGCAUGUGUGUGUGUCUGUGUGUACUUUUUGGUUUGUUUUUUUGCUACCAGUGCUACCAGCUGUAACACUUUAAUGACUCUUUGUGGAACACCAGGGACCACUGCUCAUCAACCACCUGGGGUAAGCAGAGUGGAAGGAAUGAGUGGUUCAGAGCUUAGGACAGGUCUCUGAAGGGAGGAAGGGUUAAUAACAUCACAUUGCUAAAUCUUUGCAAACUAGAAACAUUUCAGAGUAAUUGCUGAUGUCAUUUUAUUUACAAACGUGUGUCGAAUCCUUAAUGAUGGUGUCACCUCAGACUAAAAAAGAGAAUGAAAAAAGAGAAAGAAGACUUGAAGUUUGUGUUUGGGUGUUUUCCAGGUUAUCCAAAUAUGAAAGUCAGUUCUACCAGGUCUCAAAACUACGGAACUAAUGUUACAUGUCAGAAAGUCUUACAAAUGAGUACUUAUGUUAUGCUAGUUUUUCUUCUCUUUUCCUAUUUUUUAAAGAACAAAGACAUUCGUCUCACCCAAUAGACAUCUAAGUUAUAAAGUAAAUGAAACUAGUGUUCUUUGCAAUGCAUUAGCAAUGUUUCUUAUUUAUAGUUGACAAGUAUUUGUCCUUUCCCUGUGCUGACAUAUAAGAGCUGGACUGGGCUGGGCGUGGUGGCCCCCAUCUGUAAUCCUAGCACUUUGGGAGGCCAAGGCAGGUGAAUCACUUGAGCCCAGGAAUUCGAGACUAGCCUGGACAACAUGGCAAAACCCUGCCUCUACAAAAAAUACAAAAAUUAACCAAGCAUGUUGGUGCACACCUAUAGUCCCUGCUACUUGGGAGGCUGAAGUGUAAGGGUCACCUGAGCCCGGCAAGGUCAAAGCUGCAGUGAGCUGAGACUGUGUCACUGUACUGCAGCCUGGGAAAGAGUGAGACCCUGUCUCAAAAAAAAGAAAAAAAAAAAAAAAAGGUGGACUGUCUUGUAGCACAAGUGAGCCUUGUUUAAGAGGCUAGUAGAUAAAGAAGGGAAGCAGUAGCUUUCAGCCCCAAAAAGUCUUCAUUGUCUUAGUAGCUUGGGCCAUAAUUAAAGCCAUCCCACCUUUAUAGUUUACGUAGAUUUGAUACAUGUAUACUUAUUUUAUAUAUGGAUAUGUGUAUGUGUUCUUUUUCUGGAGACCAGGUAAACAAGAUAUAUAGAUACAGAUAGAUAUCCAAAAUUAUCAACCUGAGGGUAUUGUUGAAGAUUUUUUUUUU